AUGUCCAAUUUCCAGUGUCCUUCAUGUGGUAAAGCUGGUUUCAGAGAUCAGGUUGCUGUUGCUCAUCACAUGAGCCAGCCUCGCUCAGGAUGUAGCACCUGGCUACAGGAUUUAAUACGUCUGCGGGACCUAUCUGAUGAUUCUAUGAAUACAGAUGACUUGGACGAACCGAAUAUUCCCGGUGGUGGGCCUCAGGCUGAGGUUGAGUUCACAUUUGGAGAUAGAGAUGAGUCAUUUGAAGGUAGCGGUGAGAGUGGUGGCCAGGCCUCUGGGGAGGGAUUACUUCCGAAUGGUGCCUCAGAUUUCAUCGACUGGUAUCCCGAAUCUUCUCAGACAUAUGGCAAGGGGUACACCUUCCUUGACUUAUUCAAUUCUGAUGAGAAUAGCAUGUACCGUGCCAAGAAUCCCUAUUACCCAUUCAGUGGCCGGAAGGACUGGGAGAUUGCAUUGUGGUUACUGUGCUCAGGAUUGAGCAUGGGGAAGAUAGACAGUUUUUUGUCACUCGAGAUAAUCAAGGGUCUUCCAAUAUCUUUUUCCUCGGCCAAGGAACUGCGAGGCAGAGCAGAAAUGUUGCCCAGUGGUCCACACUGGAUGUCCCAAGUGCUCUCUACAAGUCAUCCCACCAAAUCACCCGUCGUUUUGUACUGGCGUGAUCCCUUGGACUACUUCACGCCUCGCAGGGCUGAUGACACAUGGAAUAUGCAGUCUGCCCUACCCAAAGGUGCAACACUCCUUGGAACCAUUCUAUCAUCUGACAAAACAAAUAUAUCCACGAUGACGGGUGACAAAGUUGUGCACCUGCUUCUCAGUCAGCCUUGCGAAUAUCAACAUGUCCACACGACUCAAGACAUCGUCCAACUCCUUUGUACUCACCACCUUGCUCCCCAUAUUGUCCUGCAUCCGCUCAAGCAGGCUGCACAUGAAGGAGUCAUGUUAUCAGACCCUGUUGGACAUAGCCGCUAUUGUUUUACCCCCCUGGCAAGCUAUAUUGUCGACACUCCAGAGGCUAUGAUGCUAGCUACUGUCGGUGGGAAAACAUCUCCGGUCACCAUGGCCAUGUUCAAGCAGUUCGGAGACCCUUUCCAUCACGAACCUCGCAUGAAAUCAACCACACUUGCACAGCUGGCUGUCGUUCAAACAAGGGCGGAUCCCAAUGAUAUUGAAGCCUUCUUUCGCGAAGCACAGAAAUUUCGCCUGAACGGUGUCUCUAAACCUUUCUGGCAGGACUGGACCCUUGGUGAACCAUCUCAUUUCCUCACUCCAGAAUUUCUGCAUCUCAUUCACCGAGAAUUCUACGAUCACAACGUCAAGUGGAUUAUUUGUGUGGUCAGGGACAUGGAAAUUGAUUUCCAGUUUUCUGUGUUGCAGCCCGUCACUGGCUUUCGUCAUUUUUACGGUGGUAUCUCCAAGCUAAAACAGGUUACAGGUCGAACUCAACGUGACAUUCAGUGUUCGAUUGUUGCAGUCAGUGCGGACGCAGCACCUAGUGCCGUGAUCACUGCUGUCCGAGCAUUGAUGGAAUUUCGGUAUCUCAUCCAGUCACCGCGUAUUGAUGAAGACGACAUCAAGCGCAUUUCUGGAGCCCUCGAUGAAUUUCACGCCAAUAAACAUGCUAUCACAGCUGGAGGAUUUUGUCGAGGCAACAAGAACAAAGUUAUCGAUAACUGGUACAUUCCCAAAUUGGAGCUCAUGCAGAGUAUAGUUCCCAGCAUCCGCAACACUGGUGUCGCCAUGCAAUGGACUGCAGACACAACAGAGCAUGCGCACAUUACAGAGAUUAAAGACCCCACACGAUCAAGCAACAACAACAACUAUGAUCCUCAGAUUUGUCGACAUCUCGACUGGGUUGAUAAGUGCCAUCGCUUUGACCUUGCAAUGAGUCUCGUGGAUGAUCCAUCUCCAUCAACUGAUGCUGCUAUCAAAUUCGGCCUUCCUGACUUACGGCUGGCCAUUGCUGAUUUUCUUCGUCACGAAGCUACCCACGGACAGAGUUAUGUCCACACAAUUGGGGGAGCCAGGAGGGCUGGACCUACUGCUUCCCUGCCAUUUGAUAAAAUUCAAAUCUGGUUCAAACUUUGCCUACAGGACACAGAGUUCCACGACAGUAGCAUCAUACGGCCCGCUGCAGACCCUGAAUUGUACGACUCAGCUAUUGUGAACAACGAGUUAGGGUGCCUUUGGCCUGCUCAUGGUCUUUAUGGUCAUACAAUUGGUCAAAUUAGGCUUAUCAUGUGUCCAGUUGGAAGAAUCAACACGGAUUGGUCAUGGGAGGACCAUUUCCUUGUCUAUAUGUACUGGUUUGAUGGUACAAUGAGCGCUCGUGAUCCUGCCACACAGUUGCACUCGAUCAGAAGGGCGAAAUGUUCCAAUGUGACGCGCGAUAAGGGCAUCUUGUUGCUCCCACCGUUGUCAUAUUAUAGCUUAGAGUAUACCGAACAAAUGCCACCUCAGUUCUUUUUCAGGAUGGGCGGCUACAGAAUAAAGUUGUCGUCAUUGGUUUCGCUCCCUGCCGCUGUUUCAGGCGAUGCCCUUACAAUGAACAAGUACACGGCCGAGGAACUAAAUCGUCUAGUUACACAGGAAGAUGAACCAGCAUCCUCUGAUUCGCAAUCGCUGGGACACAUGCUCUCUCAUAUCUUUCAGUCUUUCAGCAUACCUCUACCGGAUUUAUCUACGCUCCAGAUCCCACUCAAAAACAUCCUUCAUCACAAUGAAUGUACCAAAGCAAAAUUCAGCAAAAAUUCACCAGAUGACCUGGUGCCAUUGUACGAUACUGAUGGGCAGCUAUGGAACUGGAACCUUCCAACUUUUGCUCCCACAAACGAAUCUGAAUCAACAACUCACUCUCAACCAUCUGAAAGCUUAGAUUCGGAGGGCAAUGCAGGGACUGGUGAAACCACAAAAGCAACUCACGAAGAAAUUUUCUCAUCAUUCUUCAAUGCUUUGGCUAUCUGCUUAGCGAAGGCAGAGCCCAAACUACUAGCCAAUCCCACUGCGACGCGCAUGUGGACUGCGGCCCAUGCACAUAAAGCAUUACCUGGUAGUGAGGUGAAGCAGAAACCCAAUCUCCUCUUAUCAGACGAGAUCACGGCAAAUUGGGGGAAUAUCAGGGUAUCGGCUGAGCUGAUGCACAGUUCAUAUCAACCUGCAUUGCAACUCGUGAAAGCUGCUGAUAGUCAUGCAUACCUCAUGCUGAGUGAGCAGCCCUGGAGGCGCUUUGCUCUUGUACUAUCACUCACCAACGAGUACCAGGAGCUCAGAGUCCUUUUCUACAAUCAUGCCAGUGGUGUCGUGUCCCCUGCCUUCAAUAUCUACCAAAAACCAAGCAUUGUUGCUCACAUUAUUGCUGCCCUUCGUUUCGGCAGCCUCGAGUGCAUAGGCUAUGACUUGACAGUCUCCUUCACAAAACACAUUUCUCCUCCCCAACGCCACGCCAAUGGCUAUCAUCCGAUCAAGAACCUCCCUGCCAAAUGGCAACCUGCAGAUCACGUCAUGGCUGCAGCCACGUCUGAGCCCCCUUAUCCACCACCCAGUGAUGUUGAGGGUGCACCAAGCGCUGUCAUCGAGACAAUAUCUCCCAACUCAGAGCCCGAGUCCAAGCCAGAGUCCGAGUCUGAGUCAGAGUCAGAGUCAGAGUCGCAUGCUGACUAUGCACCUGAGGAGCCUGACAGUAUCUAUUCUGCUACACCCCAUCCUUCACAUUUCCCAUAUUCAGCUCAGUCACCUGAACUGUGUGGCAAAAUUCGUGUCAGGGACACAAUCUACACGAUCACAAUGAUCCUGUUUGCGAGUUGCGGCCUUGUUAGUCACGGAACUGUCUGCUACUUGGUCUCUUUGGAUGAUAAGGAAUUCAUCAUCAAAGACCAUUGGGUUCAGGGUAAGGAGGAUCAGGUGAUCUUGAAUGAGAUUGAAAUGUUGAAGCGCAUGUCUGGUGUCCCUGGCAUUCCUGAGUUGGUGGAUUGGUGGGUGGUUGAAAGGUCGAAUGGAGAACCCGAUGUGACCAGCAAAUAUCGAAAACAACCGCAGUGCCUAAGUAUUGCAGGGACCAGUCGCUCACAUGUUCGACUUGUCUUGACGCCCUGCGCUCACCCCCUGCAUAUGUUCCGAACUCUUAAAGAGUUCAUGAAAGCGCUGAGGGACAUCAUCAUCAUUCAACUGCACGGCGGUGGAGGAACGCAAGUGCGCAUCAACCCAGAUCUGAAGUAUGCCAUCGGUGGUACGGGAACAAUCCCGUUCAUGUCUCGCGGGCUUCUCACCCAACUCUCAGAUGCACAACAGGCAGCGCUGGGCAGAAAGAAACCGAAAUAUAUCCCCAAAACAUCUUCAAACACUUUGGCAGUUGCCUACGACCUUGAAUCACUUUUCUUCGUAUUCAUCUGGAUUUGCAUCAAAUUCUGUGGCCCCCAUGGCCAGGUACGCCAGGAUACCAUAGGAAACUCAAUACCUGAUCGCUGGAACAACAUGGACCUUGAAUCCUGCGCGGCCUUCAAGGGCAAUUUUUUCGCAACCAAGAAGGAGGAAUGCCGUCUUGUAGACGAGAUCCAUCCUUACUUCAAAGACUUAAUCCCUCUCGCCAAGGAGUGGUGUACGGCUUUGAAGGACAACAUGGAGAACCCUGUUUCCUUCGGCACCAUCCUUACACUAUUGAACACUCAUCUUGACCGCCUUCCGGAUGACGAGGAGCUCAUUUCCACUGUCAAGACGCUCAAACAAUCUGCUGCUAUUCUCACAGACCAUGUCGAGAAGCAUGCCGCUUUGCAAUCUUUCCCCAUGGAAUUACCCAAGUGUCGGAAGUCUGAUGGUAUUUCGGAGACUGACAAUGAGUUAGAUGGUUAG